AUGUCAGCUUCAGAUAACGACAGUGCGCUGGAGGCACUCAGUGCCCACACUGACGACGGUGAUGACUCGGAUGUUAAUGAAGCUGACUCCGGAUACUGGGCGCGAGAAGAGUCGACGCGCUCUGUGACGGCGAGCGUUUACGAUUAUGAGAGACUGCACAAUCGAACUUACCACGCCUUUCAUAGCGGCAAGUAUCUCAUGCCCAAUGACGAGACCGAGCGUCUGAGGAUGGACAUUACCUAUCAUGCCUUUCGUUAUGCACUAAGGAACACGUUAUUCCUCGCUCCCAUCACUCAUCCAAGAGCGAUUCUCGAUGUCGGCACUGGAACGGGCAUAUGGGCCAUGGACGCAGCCGACGCCCAUCCGGAUGCAGUCGUUAUCGGUACAGACUUGAGUCCGAUUCAACCUCAUUUUGUUCCGCCCAACCUGACUUUCGAGAUUGCUGACGCCGAUGAAGAAUGGACCUUUGGUCGGAACUUCGACCUCAUCCACACCCGAAUCAUGAUCGACUCUUCCCUGCGCAGCUGGCCCCAUUUCUUCGACGAGGCAUUUCGAGCUCUCAAUCCUGGCGGCUGGGUGGAAUGCCAGGAACUGGACUACAACCGGCGAAGCGAUGACAACACCAUCCCUGCUGACAGCCGACUUUGCUUCUGGGAACGGGAAUGGACAAGAGGCAUGGAGAUGAUAGGUAUGGGUGGAUAUUGCAGACCACAGCUCGUCAUGGAGCAAAUGCAACAUGCAGGGUUCAUAAACGUCGUCUGUCGCAGCUUCAAACUUCCAGUCGGUCCCUGGCCGAGAGACGAGACGCUGCGGCAAGCCGGGCUGUUCGGCCUGGUCAACGUCCUGGAAGGACUCCAAGGGCUGAGUCUGAAGAUUUUCACCGGACUUCUUCACUACUCACUUGACGAACUGGAGGCGCUUUUGGUGGAAUGUCGACAGGAAGUUAGGGACCGUUCCGUGCACAGCUACUGGCCAGUGUAA